UCACAACACCUCAGACAACAAUCGAACGAUGUACUCCGCAAAGCACUCCGUAGCUCUGGCUGUGAUCCUCGCCCAGCUGGUGGUCCUCAUUCAAGGCGGAUCCUACAGCUAUGAGGACACUUGGCGCUACACGUCUGCGGCCUUGGACUUCCCCGAAAACAUUGUCCUAGGCGGUCUCGAUCCCCAAGGUUACUACAACUAUGUUGGCCGUGUGGUGUACAGCAGCAACAUCCUUCCUGCACGAGUGGUUCCUGAGCUGAACAAAGCUUCCUACAACACGGACACCAUUGGCAAUACGGCCACCUCCUUUGAGGUGCUCGUGUCCAAUGCCACCAUCAGCUACCACUGGAAGCGCAGCUACGACGGCUACAGGGAGAAAAAUGCCGUUCCAGUGGGAACCAACGCUUACGGCGACCGCGUCUACAUCUGCCGCUUCCGGGCCGACGAAGGACUCUUCAUCGGCACCCUCUACCUGUCCAAGCGUGUCUGCAUCGUGAAGUACGGUGAGAAUCCAUUGAGGCAGUUCGACAAGUACGAGAUUUUGGUUAGGGAGCGACAUGUAGUCAAUCCUAUGCCAUUUGGCGGCUAAAUCGUAGCAGAAUGAGCUGCAGAACAAUUCAAGCAUAAUAAAAACAUAUCAAAACAAA